CUGUUGUUCUCGGCGCAUGCUCUCGAUUGGUGGGCUCUAUCUGGCUGCUCUGUUUAUGUUCUCAAAUCGCGAGCAACUUCGGUCGUGGACGGACGUGCUUUCGCAGUGAAAACGGAAUCGGCAUCGCGAAACGAAAGAAUAUUGGCAACAAACUUGUUUGAAUCAAAUGGCCAAACGCAAAUACCCGCAACGGGCAGAAGGAUAAACUGAACGGCCUGUGAAAUCCGGCACGUGCUGAACAAAAAUGCAGAAGAUAUAUUAAGAGCAGACUGAUCGACAGAAAUCCAAAUCCAAACUAGUCACGAAACGUGCAGAGAGCAAAAAAACCAAGAAGGCACUAAUCAAAGGCAAAAGAAAACAGAGGCAGACGCGAAUUCGAAGCCACUGCGAUGCGUAGGAGGCGUGGCACGCCCCUGGGCGGCAGCUGGACGAACUGCGUCCUGCUGCUAGCCACUGGUGUGCUCCUGGUGCUCAUCUCGGUGCAGGCCAAGAAUCCCCGCUCCCACCGCGGACUGCCUGCUCCCGCGGAUCGGGUGACGCAGGGGAACGCCCACAGGCGGGAGCACUCCGCGGAUGAGGACCUCCUCCAGCGUCCCAGCGAGGAGGACCCCCAUCACCACCACCAUCGACAGCAGUUCGAUGCGUAUCUGGGAACGAUUCGGCGACUGCGGAGACCCUACCGCAGCAAGUACACCAUCGAGCAGCUGAUGCGCCUGCAUGUGACACCAAAGGUAUCCGGAGACAUUGACAUGGAUCCCUGCAAGGCCGGCGGUUUCAUGGGCGACAUUGCCCUGCCGGAGGGCGACUCCGGCCCGCCGGUGGUGGCCCACACGCCCACCGACGAGGAGGAGGAAGAGGAGCAGCUGCUGGCCGACGCCCCAGAGCAACUUUCCGCCUCCGUUUCCGCCUCCUCUCCAGCCACAGGACCAACCAAGUUCAAUGCAACCUUCCAGCUGGAUCUGGAGAAGCUCAAGCAGGAGGUCUACCACGAGGGGCUUCAAGUGGAGGAGGAGGGCCUCACCGACAUCAUCCGCAAGAAGACCAAGCUGCCCAGCUCGGGUCCGGUCAACCUGAAAGCCGCACAGAGCCAACUGGAGACUCAGAGUGUCAAUGAACCCGUGAAGCCCGGUUCGCAGUCACCCUCCGAUUAUGCCCAGUCUGCCAGCUACAAGAACGAGGUGCUGCCGCCUUCUGAGCAGCGCACCCACAUUAUUGACAAGCCAGCCAGGUUGACGCUGGCCGAGAUUGGCUUCAAGCCGAGCAACAAAACGCAGGCACUGCAUCGCAAUGUGGACGCUCGCAAGAUUCAGUCGGACAACAAGGACAUCGAGGACGAUUCGGGCAACAACUUUGUGGCCGAGCGGAGGCCAUCGCAGAUCGUGCCCACUUCCCUGCCGGAGCAGCGUUCCACCCCCGCCCACGUCUACAGCAAUGCGGGGGGCAACGGGAUGCAGCUCACCGACGAGGUGGACUUCCUCCAUUCGCGAGGAGUUGUGAGGCGCCGCCACAGGCGAGGACCCAAGCAGAGACGCAGCAACCAGCAUUCGGAGCACGAGGCCAAGCUGCAGAGAUUGCGGGAGGAGCUGAGCCGACCCGUGGUCGAGGGGCACCACCGCCAGUCGCACCACCAGAAGCAGCAGCAGCAGCAGCUGCAGCACCACCAGAGCAAACAUCGCAAGAAGCACCGCUCGCAUCGGCAGCACCGUCGACGAGGUCAGGGCACCACGCAGUAUGUGAACCAUUCCCCGCCAGGAUUCAAUCAAUCCACGCCUGAAAUGGAUUUGCUGAACGCGGAGACUCCCAAGGAUGAGGAGCAGCUGCGUCAUCGGGUGGCUCGCGCCGUCACCGCCAAAAAGGAACGCAUCUGGGACUACGGCGUGAUUCCCUACGAGAUCGACGGCAACUUCAGUGGCAUCCACAAGGCGCUCUUCAAGCUGGCCAUGCGCCACUGGGAGAACUCCACGUGCAUCAAGUUCGUGGAGCGCGACCCGGAGUUCCAUCCCAACUACAUCGUCUUCACUGUGCGCAGCUGCGGAUGCUGCUCGUUUGUGGGCAAACGCGGUAAUGGACCCCAGGCCAUCUCCAUCGGCAGGAACUGCGACAAGUUUGGCAUCGUGGUGCACGAACUGGGGCACGUGGUGGGCUUCUGGCACGAGCACACGCGUCCGGAUCGGGAGCAGCACGUGGUGAUCGAGCACAACAACAUCAUGAAGGGCCAGGACUACAACUUCAACAUGCUGUCGCCGGACGAGGUGGACUCGCUGGGCAUGGCCUACGACUACGACUCGAUCAUGCACUACGCGCGAAACACCUUCUCCAAGGGCACCUACCUGGACACCAUCCUGCCCAUCGAGAUGAAGGGCCGCAAGAGGCCGGAGAUCGGCCAGCGACUGCGCCUCAGCCAGGGCGACAUUGCCCAAGCCAACCUGCUCUACAGGUGCCCCAAGUGCGGCCGCACCUUCCAGGAGAGCUCGGGCAUCUUCGCCACGCCCUCUUACUACACGGCCGGAGCCCUGACCAACGAGACGGAGCACUGCGAGUGGCGGAUCACGGCCACCUACGGGGAGCGGGUGGAGCUGAAGCUGGAGAGCAUGAACAUCUUCAAGUCGAACAACUGCGAGACGGACUACCUGGAGAUUCGGGACGGCUACUUCGAGAAGUCGCCGCUCAUCAAACGCAUCUGUGGCAAGGUGGACAAGGACGUGAUCCGCACGGAGACCAGUCGCAUGCUGCUCACCUACGUAAACACACGCCGAAUUGAGGGCUUCAGGGGCUUCAAGGCGGAAUUCGAUGUUGUCUGCGGUGGCGAGCUGUCCGUGGACGAGGCCGUGAGUCGCCUGGAGUCACCCAACUACCCGCUGGACUACCUGCCCAACAAGGAAUGCGUGUGGAAGAUAACAGCUCCGGAGAAUCACCAGGUGGCGCUGAAAUUCCAGUCCUUCGAGGUGGAGAACCACGACAGCUGUGUCUACGACUACGUGGAGGUGCGCGACGGUCCUGUCCAGGACUCGCCGCUAAUUGGCGUUUUCUGUGGCUACAAGCCGCCGCCGAACAUGAAGUCAAGUGGCAAUUCGAUGUUCGUGAAAUUCGUGUCGGACACUUCGGUGCAGAAGGCGGGCUUCUCCGCCGUGUUCAUGAAGGAGGUGGACGAGUGCGAGACCCAGAACCACGGCUGCGAGCACGAGUGCAUCAACACGCUGGGCGGCUACGAGUGCAGCUGCCGCAUUGGAUAUGAGCUGCACAGCGACAAGAAGCACUGCGAAGAUGCCUGUGGCGGCGUCAUCGAGUAUCCGAAUGGCACCAUCACCUCGCCCUCCUUCCCCGAGAUGUACCCCCUGCUGAAGGAGUGCAUCUGGGAGAUUGUGGCCCCGCCCAAGCACCGCAUAUCGCUGAACUUCACCCACUUCGACCUGGAGGGCACGGCGCACCAGCAGUCGGACUGCGGCUACGACUCGGUGACCGUGUACUCGAAGCUGAGCGAGAACCGGCUGAAGAGGAUCGGCACCUUCUGCGGCUCCGCCAUUCCGCCGGCGGCCACCUCCGAGGGCAACGCCCUGCGCCUGGAGUUCCACUCGGACAAGUCCAUCCAGCGGUCCGGCUUCGCGGCCGUCUUCUUCACGGACAUUGACGAGUGCGCGGUGAACAAUGGAGGAUGCCAGCACGAGUGCCGCAACACCAUCGGAUCGUACAUCUGCAUGUGCCACAACGGGUACUCCAUGCACGAGAACGGGCACGACUGCAAGGAGGGCGAGUGCAAGUACGAGAUCUCCGCCGCCUUCGGCACCAUCUUCAGCCCCAACUACCCGGACUCCUAUCCGCCGAACGCCGACUGCGUCUGGCACUUCAUCACCACCCCUGGCCAUCGCAUCAAGCUGAUCUUCAACGAGUUCGACGUGGAGUCGCAUCAGGAGUGCACAUACGACAACGUGGCAGUUUACGAUGGGGAAUCCGAGUCGAGCUCCGUGCUGGGUCGGUUCUGCGGGGACAAGAUUCCCUUCCCCAUCUCCUCCACCUACAACCAGAUGUACAUGGUGCUCAAGACGGACAAGAACAAGCAGAAGAGCGGCUUCACGGCCUCGCACUCCACAGCCUGUGGGGGCUACCUGCGAGCCACCAGCCAAGUGCAGCAGUUCUACUCCCAUGCCCGCUUCGGGAACAUGGACUACGACGACAGCAUGGACUGCGAGUGGACCAUCGCGGCUCCGGACAACAGCUACGUCCAGCUCAUCUUCCUCACCUUCGACAUCGAGAGCAGCGAGAACUGCACCUUCGACUACGUACAGGUCUUCUCCGAUAUAGACGACGUCUAUGGACAGUACGGACCCAUGUACGGACAGUACUGCGGCAAUGUGCUGCCCCAGGACAUCAACUCGAUGACGCACUCGCUGCUGGUUCGCUUCAAGACGGAUGCCUCGGUGGCGAUGAAGGGCUUCUCGGCCUCGUAUGUGGCAGUGCCCAACUCCGGGGAGUACGACCACUCCGACGAGGAUGCGGAGAACUCGUACAGCUCCGAGAUGGUGACCCCCUUCCCGGGCUCCCUGAAGAGCAUCUACAUCGAGGACACGCAGGAGGAGACCGACGAGUACGGGGACGUGAGCGAGAACCGCCUGGUUUUCAAUGGGCAGUAUCGUCCUUACAGUCUACCGCAUCGGUACUACUCCGGAAAGGCAUAGAGCGCUCGGCAGGAGCCAAAAUUCAUGACAAUAUAUUAAAACGGAAUUUAUUUAACAGAUUUAGGCAUAUCGUCGCGUGCGUAAAACAAACUUUCUCGAUCUUCCACGCGCACAGGACUUAAUCAAGGACCUCGUCUAGGUCGCGAUCCAAUAUUAGUUUUAGGCACUCGAAACUCGAAGCAAAUCAGCUAGGAUCUGUGGUGGCAAUUACUUAGCACUACGGAAUACAUGUAAUGUACUUUGACUAGUCUCCUCUAGACUCUGUAGCUAAUGUGCAACCUUCUCUUGCAUUUCACUGCUGUUACUCUGAAGCAUUUUUCCCCUUCAAUUUAUAUAUUUCAUUGUGCCACACAGCAAUGUGCAGCGCACUUCGUUAGGCAUCUUAGCAUAAGUCGAUGGGGCAGCCCAUAUCAAAGUCGGAACGAAAAUUAGGAUAGGACAUAUCUUCGGAGGCACCGAAAGUGGAGGGUCCUGGCAGAGGAUCACACUGAACUUUUCACGCAUGCAUAUGUACAACUCUCGGAUAUUUGACUCAACUUAAUACGUAAUUAAAUCUAUAUAUACAUACUAUUAAAACUUGCAUAGUAACUAUGUUUUAAAACCAAA